AAGAGGAUCGCGCUAUAAGAUGGAAUCGAGACUAAUAUUUUAUGUAUUUCUGAUGCGUAAUCUAAUCUACAAAUGACUCCGUGAAUGUAUAAAUAGCACUAUUUCAGAAACAGGAUAUUUUCAAGGAUAUUUUCGCAUUAAAUAUUAAAUACAAUGUGCGUAAGCGCAUUCUUUGAUCAAUAUAAAGUUCCGUUUUGUGAGAAACUUCUACAUUUGGUUUUAAUGAUAUAUACGAGUGAGUGUACGUACGAAUUAAAAAAUUUUAUAUUUUUUAUCAUUUAUAGAUACAAUUUGUGUAAGUGAAUAAUCAUCAUAUAAAAAGGAAAAUAUUUUUUAUCUGAGCGUGGCGCAUAAUUGCGGGAACGCUGACGCAUUGAUUGCGGCUCUCUAACGAAGAAGGCUCUCGAACGCAAUUUUUCUAUGAAGUACUGUCUCGUCAUUAAAAUAAAAUACCUACAUGUUGGAAACGGACGUAGAUGCUUUACGAAGUACACUUUAGGAAAAAUCGGACGGAUACGUCAUUGGUUACAGUUCCCUGUAACAUCGUAUUAACGAGACAUUAAAUAACUCGCGAACGAUCACGUUAUCACGCAAUCUGCACUAUGUUACGCAUUCUCCAUCGUACUUAAAGCGAGAAUUUGGUAUUAAGGCCUUCGAACAAAGGCCUUAAUACCAGAGCUGUCGGUAUGUUGCGCUGGAUUUGCAAUAUGAACGGAGAAUUCAUAAUUGUGUUACUCGUUGCCGUCUUAUUUAGGAAUUCUGCAGCGCGAAAAAGUGAAGAAAGUUAGUGUGACAGUUUAUGACGGCUUAUUAUAUUCGUAUAAUUUGCAAUUCCAGGGAAUCAUUAAUUUCAAAUGUACUUUUGAAUCACAUUUAAAUCUUUAACAUCACGAGCUUUUUAAACUAUUUAAAGUUCAUAUAAUUCUUUUAUUCAACGUGCCAAAUUAAGACUCAAUGUCUCACAACCUUUCGUGCGUAGAAACUUGCUUCAAAAAUUUUUUUGUUACGUAAGACUCAAUAAACAUCACAGCAAGAACGCGUGACUAAUUGUUUAGAGCAAUGGAAAAAUGGGUGCGCGGAGGUUUCUCGGCAGGCACGCAAUUAGACAGUUAUGACGCACAAUAAUAAAUCAAUGAACUAUGCACCUCGUACUACGUUUUAUGUCAUUUCAUGUACUGCGCGUAUAUGAAUGAGCAACAGUAAUUACUACCUUGUUCUCAUUAUUACACCAUGUAACUACUUUGCGAUGACAUCAAUUUCCACUCAUUUCCUGUUACUAUUUUCAUCUUUGCAUAAUUCUCCCACAUUCGCAGAAUGCAAAGAAUACGCCAAUCUGGUUUACGAGGACGAGGCUGCGCCAAUUCUGCGUAUCAACGCCGGCUCAAAUAAAGUUUCUCGCUGUUCAAUUGUCGAAACACCUUUAAUCGUUGGCGGAGUUAGAGCAAAACCCGCGGAAUUCCCGCAUAUGGCAGUAAUCGGUUUCAACAAAGGCGGCGACGUAUUCUGGCAUUGCGGUGGAAGUAUCAUUUCCGAAAAUUUUAUCCUAACUGCGGCGCACUGUCUGGAAUCCCCAGACAAUGGCCCUGCAACCAAAGUGCGAGCAGGCUUGAUCAAUUUAUCAACUCCGGAUGAUGCUAUGCAAGAAAGGAAUAUUGUGGAAAGAAUUAAGCAUCCGGAUUAUAAGGGUUCCGUUAGAUAUCACGAUAUUGCGUUAUUCAAGCUCGAUCGACCGUUGGAAUUGAAUCCACGAGUGCGACCUGCAUGUCUCGAAGCGAGUACGCAAAUAUCAGGCAAAAGUGCCAUCGCUUCUGGAUUUGGAAAAACGUCUUACGAAUCUGACAUUGGUAGCAAUGAGCUAAUGAAAGUCCAAUUGAAUUACAUUUCCGAAGAUGAUUGUAAGAAAAGUUACACCGACGAUCUAGGGAGUCGGCAGAUGCCUCAAGGUUUGAUAUCGAGCUUACUCUGCGCCGGCAUAAUGGAGGGCGGCAAAGAUACCUGCCAAGGUGACAGCGGCGGUCCAUUGCAAAGGGUUCUCGCGGAACCUUACUGCAUGUACAGCAUCGUGGGAGUGACGAGCUUUGGCAAAUUUUGUGCUUUUAAGUUUAUGCCUGCUGUAUAUACCAAAGUCAGUUCUUACAUCGAUUGGAUCGAGAAUACUGUGUGGCCGUAAGAUCUGUGUUCUGGAAAGCUUAAUACACAUUUUGUAACUUUAAUGAUAAUCUUCAAGAAUAAUUGGCGAGAACAGUUCUGUGUAAAACUGAUAGGUCGAUAAUUAAAGGACAUGAGGAAAUAAAACCAUUACAUCGUCGUAUU